AUGGGAAAGAAGAAAGCGGCCUGGCACUUGGUGCCGGGUGCUGAAGAUCUGAAGACGGAGCAAAAGUUGGAAGCGAUUCGAGAGGAGGAGAAAGAAGAGAAGAAAGAAGAACCGAAGAGGGAGGGCUUCACGAUUACCUUUCUGGACAAGUCGAACAAAGCUCCUUGGCAGAUCCGACCGCCCUCGACCGUCCUCGAGCGGUUCUGCCCCCAGGAAGUGGAGGUGAACUUUACGCAGAAACCGCUGGGCUUCAAGUUUGCAGGGGGCCUCCUACGCCACCGCUUCAGGGCCUCCACCUUGGAGCUUCCGUUUCGACUGGGUGGUGAAAGCUCUCGCGUGGCGGCUCUCAGGGUGGUACGCUUUAAUGGACAAGAGGGCGAUUUCAAUGACUACAAGACGGUCAUGGGCUUCGUUCCCCAGGAGAUCGGCUGUAUGGAUCAGUUUGGAUGCUGGGCAGUGAAGAUGUGGUGCAUGAAGGACUUACAGCAGGGCUCUGAGUCUGAAGUCGUGGGAGAGCAGAUUCGCUUUUCAGCGGAUUUGAGGAACGCCUACGACACCGAUGCCCCUCGUUUGGUCCGCUUCGGGGUGUUUUUUUCCGUUCGGACGGAGGGUGAUUGGACGAACAAGAACUCGCUCAUCGCUGAAGAUGUACUCAAAGUCAUGCAGCUCGAUGGACUGCAGAACAGGACACUCCGACGAGCUGAGUCGUUUCUUCGGGAGACGCGAGGCAAACGUGUGAGCAUCGGCUUGGAACUGGCCGCGGAUCCCACCAUGCUCUUCUUAGACGAGCCAACCUCAGGACUCGAUGCGGCGAGCUCGUUGGCCAUCGUCCAAUCUCUGAAGCGAAUGAGUCAGCUUGGUAUGACGAGCGUGUUGGUGGUCCAUCAGCCACGGUUUUCGCUCUUCUCGCUCUUCGACGACGUCCUCCUGCUGGGCAAAGGAGGCCGGACCGUUUACUUUGGGCCACCCAAAUCGGCCAAGCUGUGCCCCUUUGGCCUGGGAUUUGUGAUGCCCAAAUCCGAAAACCCGGCCGAUUGGUUUAUGGAUCUGAUCUCUGGUGAGGUGCCAAACCAGAAGAUCCCACACUUUGUGCCAGAGAUGCUCUUUGACAUUUGGGAGUUGAACAAAGACCGCGUCCAGAGAAAAGCCCGGGCGUGA